AUGGCGCCCACGCAACCUACUAUGCGGGAGGACGAUCACGCUGCUUCACUCGCAGACCCAAUCCCCAUCGAAGUCUACACCCUUAUCAUUUCCUAUCUCAAAAAGGCCGAGCUCGCGCGAUGCGCUCGGGCCUCGGUCGCGCUCUACCCUAUCGCCAUGGCUCGUCUCUAUGCCAUCGUCGUCAUCCCGAGCGUGCGCAAGAACGACGAGACGGAAGUCUUGGAAGACGCCCUGCCCAGGUGGCAAACGGAAGGUCUCGCUAUCGGAUUUCUCGCCAAGCGGUACCGUGAUCAAAUCGCCACCCAUCACGCGGGUCUCGUCAGCCACACUACAUCUCUCCUUACCCUUCCCAAGAAGCCCGCCCAGCCGCUGACCACCAUCCUUGGCGCACUCACAUUCACCAAGUACCUCACCGCCCCCUCGCACAAGGCCGAUGUCUGCGGGGAACUCGUACCGCUCCACAUGCCCAAUCUGGUCUCCCUCCGUAUCGAACCGGCCGACUUUGGGCGUCUCCGGCUCGACGUUUGUCACUGCCCACACUCAUCCUACGGCGCGGGUUGCACCAAGAACCGUCCCUGCGUCUGCUCCUUCCUUGGCGGUCUCCGCCCUCGCCAGAUCAUCAUCGGUGGCGAGGAGACCGGUUUCGCCGGUACAGCCAGCGGGCUCUUCCCCUCGCCCUUUCCCGACUGGGUCAAAGAGCUCGUCUGCUUCGUCGGUGCCUAUAGCGACGACAAGGCCAGUCGUGACCCUACCGAAACCUUCCUCGACAAGCUCCCGUCCACCGUCGAUAAACUCACCCUCGUCAUGUGGACCUGGUACGGCGAGUGGGCACACACCCAAGGAUGGUUCUAUCCCUGCGAGCUCGGCGAGACGGACUGCUCCUUUACGCCGGCGGGACUCCGGACCGGUCUGGCGUUGGCGUGUACAGGCAAUGCAAAGGUGGUGGAGGUGGUAGGGAUGGAGACCAUGCUCACUGGCUGGUCGACGGUUCUGGUCAAGAAGGAGAUUGGGGAGGUUCGGAAGGAGAUUCAGAGGCAGCUGGUGCUGCAAGGAUGGAAGGAGGAGGAGGCGAAGAAGCGAGCAGGAGAGAUCAAGUUCAUGACCGGCAAGGCGUAUGCGGAGGGGACGGGGGAGGGAAAGGUGGAUGCGAGGGGUAUGAAGGGAAGGGGGGCGGAUAGUAGCGCAGCCCGUCAGCCUUUGAGACAGCCGGUAGUGGUCAUGUACAUAGUUCAUGCGCAGGUCACAUUUAGACAAUUCAGCAUCUGGUCCGGCUGGCUCGAUCGAGGUAUGGUCGCACUGGUCCUGGACUGUCAUGAGCUUAUGGUACCGGUACGCUGUGCAAGAGAGAGGAGUACGCAAUCAAGCCGGUCAGAUCCAGUGCUUGCGGUGGAGCGAGACCUUAGCAACGGUUGUCAAGAAAGGUCUCCCAGGCACGGGCGGGGCGGGAUGGUUUCGCUGCAGCUUACAUCUGCGCUUCAGCGGCGCGUCUUCUUCGCUACCGUCUCUCAUCAUGUCCUCAACUCCAUAUCACUCUCCAGUCCAAAAUGGGGUUCCAACCUAUCAAUCAAUGUCGGCAGCCACAAGCGCCUUGACCCCUCUUCACCUUCUCGCACUCGCAGCCUCGGCUCGCUCCCCGAGGUCGUUUUGCGCAACCUCAUCACUAUCCUCGAGGACACGGACCGGCCGGCUUUCGUCAACUGCGCUCGCGUCUCGCGCACCUUCUACCUCCUCGUCACCCCCAUCCUAUACAAGACAAUCUUCAUUGAUCUCUCCGCACCUACCAACCCUCUCUUCUACCGCGGACGCCCUAUUCACACGACUGCCAACUCGCCCGCCACCCAAGCACGCCGGUACUUCUCCAAAGUACUAUACAGCUCCCACUCCUUUCGCCCCUCAAUGCCGUCAUCAUCCUCCACGCGACCCAAAACGGGAUCAACGUCUCACUCUCCAACCCCACUCCCAGACCGGUUCACCUUCACCCGCAGCCUCAGCAUCACCUCACAUCGGCACACGGCUUGCCGGAACCUGGCUCCCCUCCAUAUGCCGAACCUCGUCGAGCUUCACAUAUGCCCUCGGCCACUCGAGCACAGCCUCAAUGCUUGCUACUGCAAACACUACAAACACGGCGGCUGCCCACGGUCUGGGCCCGCCUGCCAUUGUCCUCUCCUGGCGCAAAUCGGAUGCGAGGAGAUGAUUUUUGGCGGGUGGUUUAGCGGCCUCACCGGGUCCGGACUAGGGCUGUGGCCCUCAUCUUGGCCGCAGCCCCCUCAGCGGGUCAACAAGGUCACUAUCCUCGUCGGUUGUCACAGCGGGAUCGAUUUCCUCCAUCGCGAGGAAGCACAAUGGAGAUUCGACCGCAGCCAUACGUUGGGCGAUGCACUGCCAACUUCUGUCAAACGGCUCGUGCUUGUCUCGAGGCACAGCAGAGGGGGAUGGGCAGACGGGGAUACUUAUUACCAUGCGCCCGGUUGCGGCGAACAAGAGGACAUCAUGGAGGCUGGCGAUCCUCUUCUGAGAGACGCCAUCGCACGUGCCUGCGCGGGGAAGGCGGUAGAGAUAGAGGUGGUCGGGCUUGGAGAGGAGCAUCUUCUUAAGGGAGGGGAGGUGGAUGUUGCGGGAUUUCGUCUGACGCUCGAAAAAUAUCUGGUCGAUCAGGCGGGGUGGGAUCAAGAGGAGGCGAGGAGGCGGGCGCAGUCGGUCAUCAUUACGCCUGGAUAUGUGGGGGAAGCGAGCGAGGGGGAGGAAUCUGCGGUGUACAGGGAAAGACCGUGA